ACCGACCUAACCUCCAACCAGCACUAACAAACACACUCCGUUUGGUUUUCAAUAGCUUUCUCUGACUUCAAAUUCUCUCUCUGUCUCUCGAUUCGGAGUUUUGUGGGUGUAAAAAUGGCUAGAGCGGGAGGGAUAACGAACGCAGUAAAUGUAGGGAUAGCAGUCCAAGCUGAUUGGGAGAAUCGCGAAUUCAUCUCUCACAUCUCGCUUAAUGUUCGUCGCCUCUUCGACUUCCUUGUCCAAUUCGAGGCUACAACAAAGAGCAAACUAGCAUCACUGAAUGAGAAGCUUGAUACAUUAGAGCGCCGCCUCGAACUGCUUGAAGUCCAAGUGGGUACUGCGUCAGCUAACCCUUCUCUGUUUAAUGCCUGAUGUUUACUGGAUCAUUGCAUUUUAGAGAAAAAUCUUGUUUGCCUGUAAGCAACUCUCAUCUGGAUUGUGGACAGAUUGCUUGGUCUUGGAAUCCAGUUUUGAAAUCAAAUAUCUGCUAUGCUUUUCACAUAUCAAGUUCUUGUGAACACAUAUCCUGUUUUAUUUUGUAAUGGAGUAAAUAUGAAGGUGUUGUGUAGCUGCUCUUCAUGUAUGGAUUAUGAUAUAAUCUAAAGGUUAUUCUAUGUUUGAGGUCUUCUUUCUA